UGCUACACUUACACCAAAAAAUAUACCCCAUUUGUACACCACAGGUUUGCACAAACAUUUCGAUGGUUUACACCGACACAAGUGUUGGUGCGUUAAUAAAAAUUCACACGGACACAAAUGUUGGUGCGUUUAACAAAAAUUAGUUUUACACCAACACAAAGUGUUGGUGCAAAACUGCGGGGUACAAAUUAGGGUACAAAACUUGGGGUACAUAUAGCAUAAUCCAUUCUUUAAUACAAUUUUGGGGUACACCUAAUAUUUUCAAUAUUCCCUACGUACUAACAUUAUUAAAGUGACACAAAAAGAAGUACUCCGUAUUAAAUUGAGGUACAAAUCUCGAAAGAGAGAUAACUUGAUCCUUAUUUUUUUAUUGAAUGGAAGUCUCCAACUCUUUCCCCAAAUUACUGAAAAAAUAGAGAUUUGGGAGGUAGAGGCCAGCCAACAACUGGAUUUCCAUUUCCCGAUCUGAAGCCAUUCGGAGAGACAGUGGAAUGACGGCGUUUGUAAAUCUGGAAGAUUCUCCUAUGUUCCAUAAGCAAGUAAGGUCUUUGGAACUUAAUGCAGAUGAACUGAGAGACCGCUGCCAAAAGCUAUAUAAGGGCUGUAGAAAAUACAAUGAAACACUAGAGGAAGCCUACAGUGGGGAUAAUAUCUUUGCAGACUCAUUGGAGGCGUUUGGUGGAGGCCAAGAUGAUCCUGUCAGUGUGUCAGUUGGAGGUGACUUAAAAUAUUUUGGUUGAACAUUUUCUAUCUUUCUGAAGUGUACUAGUGAUAAGACAUUCUUUGAGUCUUGAUUGUAAACUUUGCUUGAAAAAAUUGAUAUACAAAGUAUUUGCUAAAAAGGUCUUCUUCUUUUAAAAAAAUUAACUAUGCAAAU